CACUUGUUUCUCCUCUUCAACUAUAUACUUCUAAAUUCCCGGCAGCGUCUCCUUCAUAACGCGACUGACAGAGCCGAGAAAAACCAAGAAACAGCUAGAUAGCCAGGCGCAUCCCUCCUCCCCCCCCAUCAUGGCUACUACAACCGAAACCGAGACUAAGCUGAAGUGCUUGGGAGCCGACUGCGGGAAUGACGCCGGAUCCCUGCAAUGUCCAACGUGCUUGAAGAUGGGUAUCAAGGACAGCUUCUUCUGCUCUCAAGAUUGCUUCAAGAAGAACUGGAGUAGCCACAAAGCCCUGCACAAAGUUGCAUCGGGUAAAACAGCGAAUGGUAUUCUUGACCGCAUCAGAACUCCUAAAGUCGUUUCUAAACCCGAUCCAGCCACAGGUCUUUACAACCCGUUCCCCUCGUUUUCCUACACCGGCCCCUUGAGGCCCGUCUACCCACUAUCAGAAAGGCGCACAGUCCCGAAAGACAUCCCGUGGCCAGACUACGCAGAGACUGGCUACCCGAAGAGCGAGAUGUUCCUCAACCGGAACAAGUUUGACAUUCUAGACGCCAAAGGACAGGAAGCCAUGCGGAAAGUCUGUAAGAUAGGGCGAGAGGUACUGGACAUUAUAGCAGCCGAGGUCAGGCCCGGCGUCACCACAGACUAUCUAGACGAGGUCUGCCAUAAAGCUACCAUAGAGCGCAAGUCGUAUCCUUCUCCCUUGAAUUACAACCACUUCCCCAAGUCGUUCUGUAGCUCGGUGAACGAGGUCAUCUGCCACGGUAUUCCGGACCAGAGAGUGCUCCUCGACGGCGACAUCAUCAACCUCGACGUUUCGGUAUACCACGGUGGAUAUCAUGCCGACUUGAACGAAACGUACUACGUCGGUGACGAAGCCAAGGCAGACCCCGACUCGGUCCGGGUGGUCGAAGCGGCACGGGAAUGCUUGGAGGAGGCGGCCAAGAUUAUCAAGCCGGGAACAUUGAUACGCGAAUUCGGCAACGUGAUCGAGAAGCACGCCAAGUCCAAAAAUUGCAGCGUCAUCAGAACUUACUGUGGCCACGGUGUCAAUACCUACUUCCACUCGCCACCCAACAUACCACACUACGCCAAGAAUAAAGCGGUUGGAGAGUGCAAGCCCGGCAUGACAUUCACCAUCGAGCCAAUGAUUGCUCUGGGCAAGUACCGCGACAUUACGUGGCCUGACAACUGGACGAGCACCACGAUCGAUGGCAAGAGGACAGCUCAGUUUGAACACACAUUUCUUGUAACAGAAACCGGUGUCGAGGUAUUGACAGCUCGGCUGCCAACUUCUCCGGGAGGACCGGUGCCCAUGCCGGUAUCUGAGAAUGGCGCAAAUGGAAGUUCUUAAGUAUUGAAAGGUAGUGGAAUGACGAUGAAUGAAUGACUCAGCAUGAAUGCAUCUGAAAGCGAAAAUUGUCGGACGGCGUGAUAUAUAAGGUAAUAAACAGUUCACAUUAGUUCGGUUCCCAUUUGUCAAGGUUACAUGGUUCAUUCCUCUUUUUUUUUUUUUUUUUUUUUAAUUUCUUAUAAAUCUCUGAAUGUGGUGUCCUACCGCAUUUUUGCUUUAUAAAUGGGUGUGUAUGUGGCCU